UUGCCAGAGCUUUUGACGGCAAAACCUGGAAAGUUUGAGAGUGGAGAGAGAUCGUGCCACAAUGCCUUGUUUGCCGUUAACACCUCUCUCUCUCUCUCUCUCCACUUUUUGCUGUGGAGUAAGUGGGAAAGGAAAAGCCGACUAUUUGUGUAUGUGUGUGAGAGAUAGAGUGUAUAUAAACAUUUAUGUAUAUGCGAGAUGGGGUUGAAGUUAUUGGCAGGAUGAAUUCUCAUUCUCAUCAAUGGUGACAACACUCAACCUCUUGCUUCAUAUGCCGAAACACUCCCAAACAAAAGGAAAAAAACAAUACAUAAUAGUUCAAGAAAGGAAUGAUGAAUGAAGCAGAAGAAGAAUACUAAAAGUAGUAUUCUUGAAGCUGAAUGGGUUCCUUUUCCUUCUGCUGCACAAAAUCCCAUCACGUUUCUUGGUGUGUUGAUUAGAAGCCGCUAUUUAGCACUUAAGUGAGAGACACCAUUGUCCAAGAAUUGCUUUGAGGCAUAUGGAUAUCAAUAUUGGAUCAUCACCAACUAAAUUGGCAGAGUGUAGAAUUUGUCAUGAUGAAGAUGAAGACUCAAACAUGGAGGUCCCUUGUUCUUGUCGUGGGAGCUUAAAGUAUGCUCACCGUAAGUGCGUGCAAAGGUGGUGCAAUGAGAAAGGUGAUACUAUCUGCGAGAUUUGCAAUCAGCUUUUCAGACCAGGUUAUACAGCACCCUCUCCUCUUUUUCAUUAUGGUGGAACUCCCAUGAACUUCAGGGGAAAUUGGGAGAUAUCUAGAAGGGACUUGCAUAAUAAUCAGUUUAUACCAAUGGUUGCUGGCAAUGGCAAUGACAAUUUUCUGGGUCCAAACUUUGAUGACUAUCAAGCACCCACUUCAAGAAGCUUGAUAUGCUGCCGUAUAGUUGCCAUGAUAUUUGUCGUUCUUGUGGUAUUACGUCAUACCCUACCGUUCAUCAUUUCUGGUGCCGGUGAAUACUCAAUUUCUUUGGUCAUGUUACUGAUGCUGCGGACAAUUGGGAUUCUUUUGCCCAUCUAUAUCAUGGUAAAAGUGUUAACAGCCGUACAACGUAGGCGAAACCGACAGGACUCUCCCAUUUUCCCCCUGGACACAUCCGAGGAAGAGGAUGAAUUACCACACCCACAGACGGAAACUCAUGUUAUUCUCGUUCCAUGAUUGAUCUGGCAUGUUUUUCGAGCCUACUCUGCCGAUGAUGUUGAAACUGAAAAUGUCAAGACUGCCAGAUAUCCUGGUCCUAGUAUGCUGCAUCGAACCCUUGGAUCUUGUUACCAGCAAUCAAGAAUGGCCGUAUGAGCAGAAUCUCUGCUCCCAAAGCUAUGCAGAAACCGGAAAAGAUCGUAAAAAUUGUAUAGUUGAACGAUUAGUUUGGUCUGUCUCGAUGCCCCAACUGUAAAUAUCGAAUAGUAGAUGGGUUGUUGAAAGGAAAUCUAGAAACAGAUCAAUUCAACCGGGAUGGAGCAUUAUGUAAAAAGCAACGAUCCGAUGCACCCUUGAAUGAGAUAUAUUUCAAGAAAAUGAUCUCAUUUGCAGUCCC